GCCAUUUUUUUCACUGUCACCAAUCACCGUAGAGCAACGGAAGCCACGAGGUGACACAAUUGCUCAGAGGCAAAAAAAAACGCAAUUCUUUUCUCAAUGUAAGGUAUUUACCAUUGCCCAUUUGCCCAGCUCCUGUUCUGGCACAACACUGGCACAACACUCCCCAUCAGCAUUCACACGCGUCCCAGUAUUCUGGCUGUGAAACAUGAGCCGGGGCCAAAUAUAGCCCCACACAGUGAGCAGUUAGAGACCGGGACAGAUGGGACAGCAGGCCACUGCAGAGGCAGUACGCAAUUGGACCCUGAACCUGAGAGAUCCUGCUGACUGUCUGACCAAUAAGGCUGCUCUUCUGGAAAGAGAAGCUUCUUUUUGGAUCAUUCUUUCUUUAAUAAACGAGGCAAACCUGGAACAACGAAACCAGGAGAAAGUGUUUGGAUACAUAGCACACUUUAAGGAUGCAGGACGGGAGUUGGAAUCAGCCACUCCCCAUCGCUCUGCUGCUGAAGGACCCGGCAGGAGGCAGGACUUUGGAGGGCGAUGGGGGGGUGUUUUCUGAGGCAUCCUCUGAUGGGGAACUCUAUCUGGACUCAGUGACUGAGCUGGAUUCUGGAGAUGGGGACUUUGCAGAUCUUACUGCAUUCUUGAGUGCAGAUGAGAUUAAUCGUAGCCUGGACCUGGCCUGGGAGUCCUUUGGUGACCCAUUUGAGUCUGAAAAUCCAGGCCCAUCUCAUCCUACAUCCCAGGAGCAGGCUCUCCAACAUGUCCCCUCCCAUCCCAUGCCCCCUCAGACCACUGAAAACCUCAUUACAAGCCCAAACCAGCAGCACCAGACCAAAGCCCCCUGCCCAGCUGACAAUGCAGCACUUGAAGUCUCUUCCAGCCAGAACGCCCCCCUCAGCAAACCCAUACAGGUGUCCAGUGAGGCUCCGUCCUCUACGGAGAAGGUUGUCCGCCACAAACCCAUCCAGCCAGUGUAUAAGCAGGAUAAACCUCGGCUUCUUCAUGAAGGCCUGGAGCUGAAUGAUCGGGCAGCUUCAGCCACAGAGUUCUGUAGCCGAGCUGCCACGUUCAUCGAGGAGCUGUCAUCUAUCUUCAAAGGUUCUGCUCAUUUGGAGCAGCAGGUGGAGGAGGACUCCUCCUCUCCUGAUAGUGGUUAUCUGUCCCCGAGGAGUCGGCGGCCGGUCCCUCAGGGCUCAGUCUCUGCUCCCUCUCUGCCUCCCAGCCAGCAAGAGGAGACACAGUUCAACCAGCCGGCCAUGAGCCUGGAGUCGCAGUCUGGAGGGCCCGUGGGAGUGGCGGCUUCUGCUAGGUACCAACACUCUGGAGCUCCAACCUCACAUGGACCGCUGUCUCCACCCUGCUUCCUCCAGAAGCUGAAGAGUCAGGAGGUGGCAGAAGGAAGCCCCAUUCGUCUGGAAUGCAGAGUCACAGGAAACCCACUGCCGCUCGUCAGGUGGUUCUGUGAAGGCCGUGAGCUGCACAACUCUCCCGACAUACAGAUCUGGAGGGAUGGUGACCUGCACACGCUGGUGAUCACCGAAGCUUUCGAGGACGACACAGGACGUUACACCUGCGUGGCUUCCAACAGUCUCGGAGCAGACAACACCUCUGCUGAGGUUUACAUCGAAGGAGCUUCGUCAUCAGACUCAGAAGGAGAAGGAGUUGUGUCAAAGUCCAGAUCGGGAAUCAUGCCUCAAGUUCAGAAGAAGACCACUUCAAUGUCUCUGACAAUACGCUCAGCGUCACCCAAAACCACCGAGGUCCUUCCUCGUCGUUCCACCCUGGUCCAGGCCUUGUCUCAGCCCCUACAGCGGGUGCAGAGCCCAGUGUCGUCACUGUAUGGUGCAGAGGUAUCAGGUCCUCCUAUAUUUACCAAGCUGUUGCAGGAUGCCCAGGCAUCCGAGGGCCAGGUGGUGGUUCUGGAGUGCCGGGUCCGUGGAAGCCCUCCUCUGCAGGUCAGAUGGUACCGCCAGGGAGAGGAGAUCCUGGACUCCCCCGAUUUUCGUAUUCUCCAAAAGAAGCCUCGAUCUGCAGCUGAGCCAGAGGAGAUCUGCACACUGGUGAUAGCCGAGGCCUUUCCAGAGGAUGGAGGUCUGUUCUGCUGCACCGCAUCCAACCCGUACGGGUCCAUUAAGAGCACGGCUCAUCUCACCGUCACUGCAGCCGAGGACUCUUCCAGUAAUGGCAUGUCUGGUGAUAGCUCAGGGUUUGAGGAUGCGGCUGCCUUCCCCCCGCCUCCCCCACCCACAGAAAUCAGCCUCCUAGAGCUGCCACCCAAGAUGCUGCCUCAUCCCGGCUCUGAGGCUUUCCAUAUCAAGGAGCUUGAGAUCUGGCCAAGUGUGUCAUCCCUGCCUCCAGUACACAUGGGCUCAGAGGGGGAAGACAAGCAUAAGGGAAGAGGGUCUAUACAGAACGGCCAGCUGGCAAAUCUACCUAAAGCGACCACACCGCCGCCCCCACCUCCACCACCACCUCCACCUCUGCCUCUGCCUCUAUCAUCACAUCAUGACCUAAUGAGAGAAAUCAUAGCCAAGGUGGCUCCAGACUCACCUCCAUCCCCAGGCAAGGUGUCUCCAUCCCCUGGGAAGGACGGUCCUCCACUGCCUACCAAACCUAAACCAAAGCUGAACGCGUCCCAGCUGAAGCAGCUGCAGGACCAGAUUCUAUUGGAGCAGCAGGAAGCAGCCAACUGGCAGCAGCAGCAGCAGCAGCAGGAGCAGCAGAGCCAGGAAGUCCCGCCUCCACCUCAUCAACCACCUCAGGAAGUCCCUCCACCUGCCCCGCCGUCUCCGCCUCUCCCACCUCCUCCCUCCUUCCAGGAGCUGGAGAGCAACGCAGCCAUGCAGGCCAGCACCUUCAACUACGCCCGGCCCAAGCAGUUCAUCGCUGCUCAGUCGUCCGGCUCCUCGGAGUCCAGCCUGCCCUCCCCGCUGUCUCCCACCACCCCACACAAGUCCUUCAGCAGGGUCAUCGUGCCCCCUUUCACCAAAGCAGGCAGCGUGGAGUCUCCGAGCUCUCCUUCCUUCCCGCCUCCUCCUCCACCCUUCCUCAGCUCCAGUAACCUGUCCUCUCCAUCAGGACCCGCCCAAGACUUCCCUCUCCCUCCGCCUCCACCACCUUUGCCUGUCUCAUCUCCGGGCUCAGAUAUGUCCUCGCCAUUCUCCUCCAUCCCUCCAUCUCCAGCCUCCAGCUUCCUGUCCUCUGUGUUGCCCUCCACGCCCUCCUCACCUGGCAGUCCUACAGUCAACGCCCUGGGUCUUCCUAAAGGCAACGGGACUGUCAAAGCCUUCCCCAGGAAGUCCUCGGUCACCAGGACGCCUCGCGUUGCCUCUGACUCGGACAUCCAAGGAUCCAAGGACGCCGUCAUCCAGGACUUGGAGAGAAAACUGCGCUUUAAAGAGGAGCGAUGCAACGGUCAACAGAGGUUAACCUAUGAGGAGAAGAUGGCUCGCAGACUGCUGGGUGCUGACAACGCUGCCACAGUCUUAAACACACAGGACACAGAGGAGGAGCCGGUCACGCAGGAAUACCAGUCAUCCGAAAGAGAAUCUUUCCCUCAAAAGGAAUACAAAGUGUCCAGCUUCGAGCAGCGCCUGAUCAGUGAGAUUGAAUUCCGCCUGGAGCGUUCUCCGGUGGAGGAGUCAGACGACGACGUGCAGCACGAUGAAGACUCCCCCGGCCGGGGGGUAGCACCGUCCUUCAACCAGAAGCUCAAACACUACAAAGUCUUCGAGGGCAUGCCGGUCACCUUCUCCUGCAAGGUCAACGGAGACCCCAAACCAAAGGUCUACUGGUUCAAAGAUGGAAAGCAGAUCUCCAAGAGGAGCGAGCACUACAGGAUCAGCCGCGACGCCGAUGGGACCUGCUCCCUGCACACCGCCGCGGCCUCGCUGGAUGACGACGGCAACUACACCAUCAUGGCAGGCAACCCUGAGGGCAGGGUGAGCUGCACCGGCAGGAUGAUGGUCCAGGCUGUGAACCAGCGAGGCCGCAGCCAACGCUCCGCACCCGGACACAUGCGCAGGCCCAGGUCCAGGUCUAGAGACAGUGGCGAUGAGAACGAUAACAUCCAAGAGCGUCACUUCCGCCCACACUUCCUGCAGGCGCCCGGUGAUCUCAUCGUUCAGGAGGGACGACUGUGCCGGAUGGACUGCAAGGUGAGCGGCCUGCCCACCCCUGACCUCAUCUGGCAGCUGAACGGGAAAACCAUCCGCCCUGACUCCGCUCAUAAGAUGCUGGUGAGGGAAAACGGCGUGCACUCAUUGGUCAUCGAGCCUGUCACCAGCCGCGACGCUGGCGUCUACACCUGCAUCGCCAGCAACCGAGCCGGCCAGAACUCCUUCAACCUGGAACUCAUUGUGGCAGCCAAAGAGAUGCACAAGGCCCCGUCAUUCGCCGAGAAGCUGCAAAACACAAGCGUGGCCGAGGGUCAUCCCGUGCGACUGGAGUGUCGCGUCACAGGGGUUCCCUACCCACAGAUCUUCUGGAAACGGGAGAACGAGUCAUUCACUCACAACACAGACAGAAUCAGCAUGCACCAGGACAACUGUGGCUACCUGUGUAUGAUCAUCCAGCCUGCCAUGAAAGAAGAUGCCGGCUGGUACACCGUGUCAGCCAAGAAUGAUGCCGGCAUCGUGUCCAGCACUGCACGCCUCGACGUCCACGCCCAGUGGCAGCAGCCUCACCUCCCCAAGCCCAAGAAGGUGCGUCCCUCCACCAGCCGCUACGCCGCACUGACAGAGAGAGGGCUGGACGUGAAGGCGGCGUUCUUCCCCGACUCGAGCCCGCUGCAGCCCGGCGGCCUGGUGGAAAGCGACGACCUGUAGAGACCACAGGGAGGCAUGAUGAUCGUGACGUCACCCACCCACCCCGCCCUCCAAAAAAAAAAAGAAAAAGAAGCUGCCUAUGCACUCCUGAGACAAACAUAACCACCUGAGGGACUGAACUGCAGACACAGAACUAAAGGGUUGGUGGGCAGAGUGAGCUGGUGCGGCCGUGGUUUUCAUAUGUUUUUAUAGUAUGACACAACUCAUUAUAUUACAGAAUUCAUCAAAAGUUGUUUCCCCAUGCUUCAUUUUAUCAACUGGACCUGGAAAAUGAUUGAAGUGUUUAGCACGAGGAAAAAGGAAAGACAUGCUCAUGUUUCAUGAACUGUACGGUUGAAUCUUUUUAAGUGCCUCUCAUGUCUGUAAAGAUAAAAAAAACAACAAAUAUAUGAAAACAUAGAAUUACUAUGCAUGUUCAAGUGGUGCCAUUUGAAAUACACACACAGACUAAUACUGUAUUUAUACGUAGCACUGCACCAACUUUGUGUAGAAGUGGGGACAUGCCGGAGAAGA